UCCGAGAAUCAGCCACAGCAGGCUGCGAAGUUCGGUGUCGGUGUUGCCUGAUUUCUCGUGUGCAUUUACGCGCGCUUUCGUUGCUGCCUGUUUGCUUACGAGGAGAGUAAUCAUCCACCUCAAAGCCUGUGCCUGCCUGCACGAACACCAGCAGGGCAAUGAACGCCUACGUUCUUCUGAGCUUGGCCAUUGUUUUCUUGACAACAUUCGUCGAGUACGCUCUUGCAACAACAUGUACCAGAGAAACAUUCGGCAUGACCCAGUACUUCACUUGCCCGGGCCCUGUGGACCUACCAACCGAGCGAUAUUGUUGUGGCACCAAGAAGUUCCGAUACUGCUGUGAUCUGAGCAACUACUCGGAUGCCAUCAAGUCUGUGGGAGUGAUCAUCGGUGUGAUCAUAGUGAUCAUUAUAGCCUUAGUGGUGGUUGUCAUUGUUUCCUGCUUCUGCUGUAGCUGUUGUCUCCUGGCCAGGCGAAGACAGCAAAGGGGCCAAGUCCUUGCAGGCGGAGGCCAGACUGGAGGUGCGGCAGCCACAGCAGCGCAGCCUAUGGUGCCUCCUACAGUGACCCCGUACGUUCAACAGCCAUACCCUCAGCAGCCAUAUCCUCAACAGCCACCUGCCGGCUACCCGGUGCAGCCAGCACCUGUGGGACCCACCAUGCCCGCUCCGAAUUUCGGCUACUACCCGUCGCCGUACGGAAAUCCACCACCGUACACAGACAAUGUGAUGCCCGUGCAGCAGCCACCACCAAUGCAGCAACCCCCGUACAACCCUAGCUACCCGGCAAAGUGAGUGUCUGAGAGUGGAUGCACAGUGCGGCGUGACGUGCGACACCCCGAACCACGGACUGGUGUCGAAAGGUGGUUCCGGGGCAAGUGGCCAGCGUUAGGAGUGACGACAGUUCGGGCUAUGUUUUGACAUUGUUGUAUAUUUGUCACGUGGUCUUGGUUUACAAAGGAACAUGCAGGCAGAUGGUUUCUUCUUCGUUACGAUGUUUGCCGAGUAUCGGUCGUUUGAUUGUAUCUGACAAGUAGUGGCGGGAGCUAUGCGAAAGUUGUCACACUUUGUAACUGGGUCCUGAUGCACGUGGAGAUGCAGGAAGAGAACUAUGGCAAGGAUUGUAGAAGCAGCUUUUGCACUUUAUAAUGUGUAUCUGUGGGGCCUCGGGUAAACUUAAUCAUUUGUUCAUUCUGUGAAUGUGCAUGCGUCGGCUAUUAGAUGUUCGGGGAAACAAUACCCAGGGAGCCUCUUGUCACGCAAUAGGGGCAUUGAAAGCACAGUACUUCCUACAGGAUUAUCUUGUACAACCGUUCGUGUAUAAUGGUGCCAGAUACCACUGAUGGUGAUACUGUGGACAAGUGUCUACAUACUGCACAGAAAAUGCACGCCGAGAUGUGCAAGAGUUCCGUGCUGGCAUAGUUAUCCUGCAGUUGUUGUGUUCAGUGUGGCACUCCUUAAUUUCAUUUUAGUCUAGCCAUUGGAAAUGUACACACGUAGAAACCGUUGAGACUUUCGUGCCGGUCAUGAGUGUCAAGCCUCAGUCAUCUUUUUAUUAUUCAGGCAUUUUGUGAUGUUUUUAAUGAACACUAUUUGAACUGUGACUGAAUAGUGUGCUUUUCUUGAACCUAGUGGCAUUAUGGAGCUCGCUUUGCUGUUGCUAUGUACAGUGCAGCGAAAUUCUCUCAGAGAAUUCUGUGAGCUUGGUGAGUACGUUAGCUGUCAGGCACAACACAGCAAUCUAAGCUUUUUCCUAAUUAUGCUUUGUAACAGUCAAGUAAGUCAUUAUUGCUUUUAAGGCUUCUUCAGUGCCUAGCUUUGAAUACAGCGGUGAGCAGUGAAGCAAUGCAAGAAGGUGAAACAACAAUUUACUGUUGCGAACUUCAAAGCAAUAGAUGGGGAUUUGUGAAAACAGUGGUGAAGUGGGUUUGGAGUUGCAGCAUGGUGCCACUGUUUUGAUAAGCAGGCGGUGUUUCUAUGAGGACUCUAUUAGAUGAAGACGGCUUGACUUUACAAAGCAUUGUUUCAGGGCAGAGUUCACGGUCAUACUCAUCAAGAUACGCACCUGUGGUCCGACAAAGUCGGUCUAUCAAACUUAAGGUACUUAAAAGUAUUCAAGAUGACACUAGUAUUCUUGCUCAGAGGAAGCUCCCUUUUCAUUCCAGAUGUCUGCUGCCAAAAUUUCAUCACAGUACUCUAGGAAGCCUCUCUCCUUAGUUGCGGGCGUUUAAAUCUCUUGUACUUAGGUUUGGAAGAAGAUAUGACUGUAAAAACGGGAAAAGACUGCAUCGUGAGACGUGGAUGGCAACAAUUUUUAUUGCAAAGUGCGUUCCGGCUGCGCGUGCAUGUGUACAACAAAUUAGAAUUGCGAGAGAACAUACAGCCUAAAAAUGGGGACAAGCAGGUUGCAGUGCGAUCUUGCAACAGAGACCCAGGAUUGUGCGCAGUUCAGGAAGUGUCUUGGCACUACGUAGGGCUGACAAGUGCCUGUGCUCCCCUAACUCCCACAGGCUUUUAGCUAAACUUACCUCAUUGUCAAACAGAAUAGUGAGUGAAUAGUGCUGUAAGUGCUGCCAUGUGUUCUUUUUUUUUGUAUUCACGUUUAACACCUAAACACAUAAAAAUAAGUAUUUUGUUCUCCUUGUGUUCUCUUCUCUACAUAAGUGCAGGGCAAUAGGCAUUCUUUUACCUAAUGAAUGGGUCUACUUUAGGGCCGUUAAGAACAAUUCACCUCUUGUUACAGCCAUUCGUAACUCGGAGUACUGUCUGGACAUCUGUGUGUGCCAUUGAGGAGUGCCGUAAAUUUCUAUGAGACUUCAUUCUAGACCUUUUUUUCAUCGUUAUACUCUGUCAUUGUCUCGUUAAUGGCCUACUGCGACAUUACAAGAGGGAUCUUGAGCACGCACAGACUAAGCACUUAAGUCUCCCACCUGCACCUACUGCAUCUUUUUAUAGUCUCUUUCAUGUCUCUAAGUCACAAUGACCUCCUACAACGAAAUGCUGCACUGAAGAUCAUUGCGAGCUGUGCACUUUACGUGCAGUGCAGACCAUGCAGUCUUUGUGAGAAUUGUGCACUGUGCUGCUCCAUGUUUGUGGCUGCGCUUGCUAAAUUUGUUUUUGUGCCAGAGCACUGUAAAAUACUCUUUAGGAACUCUGUUGAUGGCCGCGAGGAUGCACCCACUGCGGCGUGCCCAUUUUGUAAUAGCGACAUCAUGCAUUGAGCCAGGAUGGAGAUGGAAUACUGUUCUUAUGUUAGACUUGCUGGUGAUCCUUUGUUGCUACUUAUUCAAAUGCUUUCUGAGAGUUCCUGUUUGUGCUCCUGAAGCCUGUGUAAAGUGUGUGUUGGCUAUAUCUAAAUCUUAAGCAUUAGUGAAGUUUUUAUUUGUGAUGUAAAUGCAGAGACUGAGUAUACCAUAUAAACAAAAGCAGAGUGAGGACUGUGACUCAGAUUGCAUGUCAUUGUUUGUAGCUUUCACAUAAAAACAAAUUGCCUUGAAGAACUUGAUCAGAGCAAACAUUUGGGUGAUUUGACAUAGCACAUACAUAGCAGAAAGAACUGUACGACUUCUUUUUCAUGGACAGAGAAAGCACAGACAGGCAAGCCAUGAACUCGUGACUUAACUUUUUAUGAAGCCGUAGCAACAUAUCUCUUGGAUAUCGUGAGUCAACAGCGAGCAAGCAAACUCAACAAGUAGGGUAAUCUUCAACGAAAGUUUAGCUGUGAGUUAUGUACACUUGUGUGUCUUUUUAUGUAAGGAAAUGGGCUGUUUCUUUGCCACCAUGAAGAAAUUCCAUGUCUUUCAGCAGUAACUUGCAAACAUACAGCCAUGCUGUAGACAUCUGAUCUGUUCGCACAUUUGCAACCUCUAAAAUGUGCACCUACCAUGUUUCUUUGCAGAUGCCUGAACACUGUAGUAAACCUUUGUAGUUCGCCCAUUUUCCUACUUUUAUGUUCUGACAAGCCCAGGUGGCUAUUGUUAAGUUUAUAUCAUGAUGGUGCUCUUAUCUUUCUUUUACCAUGUCCAAUGUUUCUGCGUGUGCUAUACUAUUUAUGUUAACUUUGUGUGAUACUUAGCUCUUUUUUUUUUCAUGAAAGUAAUAACAGCACCUGUGUUGAGGAUAACGACCACAUGUGCCAAAUUAGUUGCAGCAAUAUAAAAAUUUCUGGUUCUGAAGUGCGAUUUCCUAGAAAGGUAUUGAUCUACCUUUCACGGUUCGAUAUCUCUGAUGUAAUCCUAAUUUGCUGUUAUUCAAUGCUUGUACUUGCUUGAAUUGUGUGUUGGGACUCUCUGUGUUGUCGAAUCAUGCAGUAGCUUGGGCUAUAUUCCAUCGCGAGCUUAUUGGCAAAGAAGUGCAUACUCAUUGUGGCUUUUAGAAUCAGAUACUCCUCAGUCCAAGGUAAUUCAGAAACUGAAGCUAAAAUAUGUGCCAACAUCCAGUGGUUGCAUAUCUGGCUUGUCUUAUUGUGUUGCCAAAUGCACAGCAAUAACUUGCCUGCUCGGUGAACCAUGGAUUUCCAUGCAAUUACACCAACUGGCAUUUUUUUUUUAGUUUAGUCUCAAGGAAACAUUUUAGUCUCAAGGAAACACGCGUUGAGGUAAUGUUGGCCUUAGAGUUGUACUGUUUAAUUUUUGCUCUAAUACUGGUACUAUAUGUUAUAUCAGCACACAAGUAUGGGAUCUGUUCAUUAGGGUGCCCAUGUGUAGAGCUAAAAAUGUGAGAAAUUUUGGGUACUUGAUAAGAACAUGUGCUGCUUCCUUUGUUUUUUACUUGUUUGCUCACAUAAAAGGCUAGGCUGUAUUUUUCCACAAGCCAUUUAAGAUACUCCGAGGCUAGGUCACCAAAAAAUGAUAAACUUUUAUUUUGUGCAACAACAUGUUUACCUUUUGUGCUGCAUGUUAGCUGUUUACAAGGUGAACUGUGCUUGUAAAGAGAAGUGAACUUUCUUUACUUGCUGUGAUUGGUUACUAAAUUUUGAGACAUUUGCUUUUAAAGGCAAGAUCGUCGCACAUUACGAGUGCGCAAUGUUUCGGUUCUAGCAUUUGGUCACUUGCUUUUUGUGUUGGCCAACUGGUUGGCCAAAUGCAAAAUUUCCUCACUGCGAGAAAUUUUUCGCGCUUUAGGAAUUGUCUUGCCCCAUAAUGUCAGUUGAUGUCUAUACUGCGCGCAAUUAGUGUUGAGUGACUGGUGAGAGUUUCUGGACAGCAUUGAAUGAUGGAUGUGCACGCAAAAGUGGUGACUUAUUAUGAGGCAAAAUAAGCCUUAGAGUGUGGAGAACUCUUUCUCGAAGCUAGCAGUUUAUCUAUUUUAAAUACUUUUGCACGUAAUAGGUCACACUGCCCCCUACUCAUUUCCUCCCAAGGUCUUCAAUGCCUUUUGCUAGUCAUUCAGUUCUGACAAUUGCAGGAAACUGUUUUCACUUCUUAAACCUGCUUCCUUAUCUGAAUAUAAUUCGUAAUCUCGUUAUGUGAACAUUUUUUUCUUUUUGUGGUGUUUAAAUGCUGCAGCUCACUCAUCUGGUUUCAGUUUUCUCGUACGGGUUGCAGAAGCAGGAGAGUUAAAAAGCUAACAGGAACAAAUAACACGUGUGCCAUUUAAUUAUACACGAACUACUAGAGGAGGUUUAGAAUUUCUGUCAGCCAUGUUCACACCUACCUUUGUCAGUUUAAUGACUGCAUGGUACGUUCCACUUUUUCAAAAAAAAAAAAUUGUGUUCAAAAUGCCAAUUUGUCACAUUGUUGAUGGUUUUUUGCUCCAAUAAAAUGUAUA